AUGGGUGUCCUCGACGUCGUACCUGCAGGUGUUUUGACUGGCGACAAUGUUCGCAAACUCUUCGAUUAUGCCAAAGAACACAAGAAUGUCACCUCCACAUCGGUAGCCAAUGCAGUUCUCGAAGCCGCUCGUGACAUCAAAUCUCCCAUCAUCAUCCAAGUCUCCCAGGGCGGUGCUGCCUACUUUGCAGGCAAGGGCCUUGCCAAUGACAAGCAGCAGGCGUCGAUUUUGGGCGCUAUCAGCGCUGCUCACCAUGUCCGCCUGAUGGCGAAGGCUUACGGCGUUCCCGUCGUCAUGCACAGCGACCACUGCGCGGAGAAGCUCCUCCCCUGGUUCGAUGGAAUGCUUGAGGCUGAUGAAGCUUACUUCAAGGAGCACCAGGAACCUUUGUUCUCGUCCCACAUGCUCGAUCUCUCCGAAGAACCCAAAGAGCAAAACAUCGCCACCUGUGUCAAAUACUUCAAGCGGAUGGCUCCCCUCGGGCUCUGGCUCGAGAUGGAAAUCGGUAUUACAGGUGGAGAGGAAGACGGUGUUGACAACACUGGCGUCGAUAACGCAAGCCUGUACACACAACCCAAUGACAUCUACGAUGUCUACAAGGCUUUGAGCGCCAUCGGACCUAACUUCAGCAUCGCCGCCGCCUUCGGCAACGUCCACGGUGUUUACAAGCCAGGAAAUGUCAAGCUUCAACCCGAGAUUUUGGGCAACCAUCAGGCAUAUACCGCUGAGCAGAUAGGCAAGAAGGAUACCAAGCCACUCUAUCUCGUCUUCCACGGUGGUUCUGGUUCAACAAAGGAGGAAAUUUCCACCGCUGUUGGACAUGGUGUUGUCAAGAUGAAUGUCGACACCGAUACCCAAUUUGCGUAUCUCGUCGGUAUCCGGGACUUCAUUUUCAAAAAGAAGGAUUAUCUCCAAACUCAGGUCGGUAACCCUGAGGGUGCUGACAAGCCCAACAAGAAAGUUUACGACCCUCGAGUGUGGGUGCGUGAGGGUGAGAAGACUCUGUCUGAGCGUGUCAAGGAGGCGUGCAAGGAUCUUGGAAAUGUUGGGCGUCUGUGA